AUGGUCAGACCUGGCAAAGUCCUGUGUGGUGUGCUCGCAUUCAGCCUUGUUGAUCGAGGUUGUGCUGAAUACUCUGAGACAACAACUGUCCUGACCACACCUAUUAUAGAGGAAUGGAACAAUGGAGAAUCAAACAUUACCAUCUCUUUUGAUGUGAUGAGUGCCGAGUAUGCAUCCCAAUAUACCAAUAGCACGGAUGAGGCUCUGGCCAAACGCACGGGUAUAACAAUCAAAAGCAUCAGGACAACAAUUGUCAACGGCGCUGAGAUCAUCACCACCGCAAAAGCAGCAUUGGACAUCUGGCAGUUUAUUGCAGGUAUUAUCAAGAAUAAGUCCGACCUGGACUCCUGUACCUUGACCUAUGGGACUGACACGGCGGAUGAUUACUACUAUGGUUAUGCAUAUGAGGCGACCACCACGGGCACCAACUGCAACACCACUGCUGAGAAGAAGACAAUACUUGCAGCAGUUGAGAAGUGUGCAAAUCAACUACAUGCAGCUGGUGCGGUCCGUGGCUGCUGCGUGUUCAGUCAUGGAGGUACCUGGAGAGGCCACUUGCGACUCACAGCUGAACCCAACACAUACCCAGCGCAUUCUGUGACUUGUUAG